UUCACCUAGUGCGCCUGUGCGUUUUCCUCUUCCGUUUCCGUCCCCUGAAGUGGACCGCCCAGGGUUGCUAGGCAACAGCCCCCCGGGUUGCUUUGCCUUAGGGUCCCUGAGCGCUUCCGGCAGAAGAAAGAAGCCGCCCGCGUCCUGACCUGGGAAAAGAGGCCGGGUCGCCGACAGUCCUGCAGUUGAGAGAGGAAACUUGUACAAAUAAAGACUGACAGUGAGGGAUUAAUUGGAUUAUUUCAAGAUGAGCUUUCUGUUGCCCAAGCUGACUAGCAAAAAAGAAGUCGACCAGGCAAUAAAGAGCACUGCAGAGAAGGUGUUGGUUCUCAGGUUUGGGAGAGACGAGGAUCCUGUCUGUCUGCAACUAGAUGAUAUUCUUUCUAAGACCUCUUCUGACUUGAGUAAAAUGGCUGCUAUAUAUCUGGUGGAUGUGGACCAAACUCCAGUUUAUACACACUAUUUUGACAUCAGUUAUAUUCCAUCUACUGUGUUUUUCUUCAAUGGGCAGCAUAUGAAAGUGGAUUAUGGGUCUCCAGAUCACACUAAAUUUGUGGGAAGUUUCAAAACCAAACAAGACUUCAUAGAUUUGAUUGAAGUAAUUUAUCGAGGAGCAAUGAGGGGAAAACUUAUUGUCCAAAGUCCAAUUGAUCCCAAGAAUAUUCCCAAAUAUGACCUUCUCUAUCAAGACAUUUAGCACAUUAACUACCGUCAAAGCCGAAGAGAAAGGCCCAUCUCGAACCAGUACCCGAAGACAGCUGUGCUGUUUUCUGGAGUCCUUCGGAAAGGUCUCAGCGUCCCAGCAGAGAGAGGUUGGACUUGUAUAGAAAAUACUGGCCUGCGUGGAAGACCCCGCGGGGACUGUGAUGACCUGGGAAGCCUAAGUGUUUAUUCCCUACAAACCUUAGAGCAGUCAACUGUGAUCAAUUUCCCUGCAUGAUUUGUUUGACUUUUCUUUAUACUGUGCUUUUCUUUAUCUCUUAACAUAAUCCAGAAUUUUCCUAAACAUUGGCUAGUACAAUUUGAUUUAACUAUAUUUAUUUGACACACAAGUAAAAUGAAAGAAUAUGAGGUAAGGACUCAAAUAUGAGGUAAAGAGCAAAAAUACUUAUUUUCUACUCUAUAUGUACCUACACACACCUCUUUCUCACCCUCAACCUUGCCCAUUCCUCCACUCACAUAUUUCUAUUACUCAUGCUCUCUGAUCUCCAGUCCUAAUUAUCCCAGUUUCUCUUGGAAUGAAUAAUUCUCUACUGAUAGCAGACAAGUUUGUUUUAUUUUGGAGCCUUCCUGGUUCACACUUUGAAAACAGUGUCCUGGUUUGCAAAUUUACUAGCUUUUGUGCUAUUAAAUUGCCCAGGAAGUGAGGCUUGAACCUUUACCAUCCAGCACCCAAUUUGAGCUAAAGAAUUAACUACCCUUAGUAAGUAGCAACAGAGCUCUCCCAGAGGUCAGAGUUCAACCUCUUCCUGAGACAAAACUGCUUCAAGGGCUCAUGACUAGAAAGAUAGAUAAUCAGAAUAGUUAGAAAGCGUAGGGUCUGCUUUUCCCACUUGGAAGACACCUACCCUACCAUCAACAGGAGUCACUGCGUUGUUGUCGCAUUCAGCUGGUUAAUACUCGUAAAGGAAGAGAGCAAAAGGGAAGCCAGACAUUGGAAGCAUGGUCAUCUGGGCAGCUUCACGCUCCCCAGGGAACCACCAGUCCAUUCCCUGCAGAUCACAGGGGGGAAGAAAAGGGGAGGUGGACAAACAAAGGGGGAGAUGGGGGCCUGUGCAGUGACGUAGGGGAGGUGUUAUCAGUCAGUCUGGCCUGGGGAACAAUGGAUUGGCAAGGAGGGUGGAGCCACCGCAAGUGCUAGAAAACUUGGAAGGUUAAAAUCCCCGAAGAGUUCCUUCCCUCUUGCUCUCGCUUGCUUGCUCUCCUGCUCCAUGACCCACGCUUGCCCGUGCCUGUUCUCUCUCCAUUGCCAUGUGGCCUUCAGCAGCUGUGUGGCCCCUGGCUAUGCAGACUUCACACACAGUGGACUACAGCUAGGAGCACAAGCGAAGCAAGCCAGAUGCUGGCCUGGACUCUACUGUGGAGCAGAAACUAUGGUCAGUGGCCUUAAUUCUGGCCCUGCUGAAGGCAAGAUUGGACUUCCAUGGCGAGGCGGACAGAGAUGGGACCUCGGAGGAGAACCCCCUUAAUUUUACGUCAUCAGUACAGCUUUCCAUGAAACCUCAUCCUCCCGGGGGCCUCGGGAAGUUUUUCCUCACAGCACCGCAGGAACUCCACUUCCCCCGGUAACAAGUGCAAGCCAUCUGAGUUUCCUGUUUCACGAAGAAAUGCUCCUCAGGGCCUCCCAGAGGAAAGAUUCCAGAACCCUUUCAGACAGGAAGCUCUUUUUCUAACUGAACUCUUUUCUGCUGUAAACCUUCAUAGUACAUCGCCCAGCCGGCGUGGCUCAGUGGUUGAACGUCGACUAGGAGGUCACAGUUUGAUUUCUGGUCAGGAUCAGGUUUGGGCCUGAUCCCCAGUGCAGGCAGGCAUGCAGGAGGCAGCCGAUAAAUCAUUCUCUCUCAUCAUUGAUGUUUCUGUCUCUCCCUUCGCCUCUGAAAUCAAUAAAAAUAUAUAUUUUGUAAAAGGAUGCAGCAAGGAGUUCAGGGUUUUAUUCAGACAGACCUAGAUUCAAGGUUCGGCCUCACUACUUAAUAGCUGCGUAACCUUAAGCAAAUCGCUUAACUCCUCAGAGUCUCUGUUCCUUGUCUGUAUAACAAGGGUAAUGAUGACCUAUCUGAGAGCUGCCUCAGCAGACACUCAGUCAGUGAGUGUGACCCGGCAGUGGGACAGUUCGUACCACCAUAGGGCUCUCCAGUUGGCCUGCAGUGUUUUCUGACACACUCCCAGUACGCGC